UAACACACAUACAUGAUGACGACGACUCAAGACAAGGACGCCUUAUCAUCGGAGGCUCCCCUUGCCCCCGUUACCGUCGAGCGCAGUGUUCGCUCCGACCUCGACACCACGCUUCCAAAGCCUUACUUGGCUAGAGGUUCGACUGCUCCUGAUAUGGACCAUCCACAAGGAACAAUAGGGCACCCUCAAUAUGGCAUGAGUGUCCUCCAACAACAUGCUUCCUUCUUUGAUCAAGAUGACAAUGGAAUAGUCUACCCAUGGGAAACUUAUUCAGGUUUUCGUCAACUGGGUUUCAAUAUUAUUGUAUCUCUUGUAAUGUCUAUGUUUAUAAACGGAGCUAUGAGUUAUCCUUCUCUUCCUGGAUGGAUACCUUCUCCAUUCCUUCCUAUAUACAUAGCCAACAUCCAUAAAGCCAAACAUGGAAGUGAUUCUGGAACUUAUGAUACUGAAGGAAGGUACAUGCCGGUGAACUUUGAGAACAUGUUUAGCAAGUACGCACUCACUAUACCUGAUAGGCUCACUUUUGGGGAGAUGUGGGCGAUGACUGAAGCAAAUCGAGUAGCAUUGGACUUCUUUGGAUGGUUUGCAGCCAAGGUAGAGUGGAUAACGCUGUAUGUUCUAGCUCGAGAUAGUGAAGGAAUGUUGUCUAAGGAGGCAGUAAGAAGGUGUUUUGAUGGGAGUUUGUUUGAUUACAUUGCGAAGAUGCAGAUGAGUGAAGAGAAGAUGUACUAAGAAGAAGAUGAAGAACUUAGUCUUGUUUGG